UUCUGCCCCCUCCCCUUUCCCUUUUUGUUUUCAGGUGUGCUCUACAAUAUUUUCCACACUGCACCACUUUUUGGUAGCCCAGCUCUGAAUUUGGGAGAAGUCCCCCCCACUCCUUUUGCUCAGAAACAUUUUACCAUUUCCGUCUGCUUACCUUCCCAUGACAAGCAAAGCCAAGAUCUUACUAAAUCGUGAUCCCGGUAUUAGAGGACAAAACUCCAGAACAAUCAACGCACAUCCUACAGUUCCUUGGCAGAAGAAAAAACUCCUUUUGGACACACAGACUGGGCUGUAUUCCUCUUUCAAUUGGCUCUAAGGAAGGAAAAAGUUUGGAAGAGAAAGUUUGACAUCUCCCCGGCUGAGGCUGAGAGUAAGGCACGAACAUUUCCAUGUCCCUCAUGAUAACUCUUUGGAGGAAAAGACGGUGAGUCCUCACAAAUUGACUCAGUUCCUGUCCUUGGAAACUGUCGGCAAUCUUUGGAGGGCCUUUGGUCUUGGUGAGGAGCUGCGAUGGGGCUGUGAGGCCAGAUUUCCACUGGAUAGUGUGGGAGUCGAGGAACAUCCCUCCAGGGAGGAACACAGUGAUAGAUACAGCAUUGACGGGGGCUGCCCCAGCACGUGAAUGGCUGCCAAGGAUUAUGACCACUUGUUUAAAUUGCUUAUCAUCGGGGAUUCGGGGGUUGGCAAAAGUAGCCUUCUGCUCCGCUUUGCAGAUAAUACCUUUUCAGGUAGCUAUAUCACAACAAUCGGGGUAGAUUUCAAAAUCCGGACACUAGUGAUAAAUGGAGAGAGAGUGAAGCUGCAGAUCUGGGAUACAGCUGGACAGGAACGGUUCAGAACAAUAACCUCCACGUAUUAUCGCAAUACUCAUGGUGUCAUCAUUGUUUACGAUGUGACAAAUGCAGAGUCCUUUGUUAAUGUCAAACGUUGGCUGCAUGAGAUUGGGCAAAACUGUGACAACGUGUGCAAGAUUUUGGUGGGUAACAAAUGUGAGGACCUGUCACGGAAGCAAGUAGACACUGCUGACGCCCGGCGGUUCAGUGAGCAGAUGGGAGUGCGGCUUUUUGAGACCAGCGCUAAGGAGAACCUCAACGUUGAAGAGAUGUUCAACACCAUUACGACCAUGGUGCUCCGAACAAAACAGGAAAACUUGGCACGGCGGCAACAGCAGAAUGAGGUCGUCAAAAUCAACAAGCCCAAAAAGAAGCCUUCCGUCAAGAAAUGCUGCUGAAGGGCCAGUCCCUGCAUAUGCCCUUUCCUUUGGGAAGAGGAAUGGACUGCGGGGAGUUGAGUGGGUGAAAAGUCAUGGCUCAUGUGGUGUUGAGGAGGGGGCUUCUGGAUCUUGGCUGGAGGGGCAGGAGAACCUGUUUGAAUCCUCACAGCACUGGAGUUGCAUUCUUCUGUCCCCCUCCCCUGGGGAAGUUGAGUUGUGGGGAUAGAAAAACAAAUGGAAGCACUGCAGUCCCCCCUUGCUGGUAGGUGUGGGGGGUGGAGGCUGUGUUACUGAAAGGGGGGUGGGUGGGAAGUACCGAGCAGCAUUAAAAAAAAAAAGACUACUGAAAUUAUUAAGAUGAAUAAAAUAAGAGGAUGUGGGGCAUAGCUGAGCUCAAGGAUAUUGUCCUUCUCCACACAGCUGAAAAAUACCCUUCUCUGCAAUGUUGCCUACUCAUUGUAUGUCAUUUCCCCACUUGUGGUAUUAUGGCUGGGUGCUGUUAUUGCGUAAUACAACCCAUAUUCCAUUUUAAGUCGCAUUAAGAAUGACGCAGGCUAGGGGAGAAGGUGGGCAUUAUGAUUAUUUUGGAGACAAGUUCCUCCAGGCUUCGUAGCUAUGCCUUGGUUUACAUAAUAAUAGGCAGAAGUGGAAGAAAUCCAGCCAACCAUGUCAGAGUUUCCCGCUAAUAGUACUGGGAGUUUUCCUUCUCAUCUCUCUCUAGGCUUGCUCUGAGUACUUUAUUUUAGGAAUAGUUUAGGACCAAGCUACGUUGCUCUCCGAUUAGGAUUUGGAGAGUUUUCCACGUCGCCUUCGUUAGCCCUGUCCCUCAACCCAGAUGUAGGAGAAAAUAGACCCAAAUGCCCAUGUAGGGCUGGGUUUGAAAAAGGAUUUUGUAACCCCCUCACCUUAUAUUUGCAACUAUGAUUGGGGUACAAUUCAGUCAGCCCAGUCUACCUCCAGAAACUGAGGAACAAAGUAAGAAAUGGAGGCAUAAACUUUAAUAUAGGAAUAUGAAAUUAUGCCUGGAAUCAGCUGAUAGCUGCUAUCCUAUGAUUCCCAACCUUUGGGUAUGGCAGACUGAUACUCCGUUCCCUUUCAACAUUGGGACCCUGGUGCAAUAUAUUUGCUUCAUUGAUUAUUUUAUGUACAUCCAACUCUGUAGAUUAAAAAAAAAAAAUCUUGUUUUAACCCACUGCUAAUGGCAUCAAACUUGUUAAGGAUACACCACUGUUCAAUAAAGAGAUUUAGAUAUAAAAA